AUGUAUGCCGUGAUAGCUGUGGUCGCCGUUCUGGCGGCCCUGAUCAUCAGGUUUCGAAACCUUGGCAUGAGACCCAAGGAUUACCCUCCAGGGCCACCGACGAUCCCCGUCUUUGGGAACCUCUUCCAAAUGCCCAGGAGUAAGCUGCAUGAAGGCCUGGCAAAAAUGUCCGCGCAAUAUGGCCCCAUCAUGGGAUUGAAGCUGGGGGCCAUGGACAUGAUUGUUAUCAACUCGUACACGACGGUCAAAGAUCUCUACGACAAACGGAGCAGCAUCUAUUCGAACCGCGUGGACAAUUACUUGCGCAACUUUGGGUACAACCUGAUGAUCUCGAAUCGAGAUAACGAUGAUGUGUGGCGUCGUCAACGAAAGAUGUAUCACACGGCUCUAACGAGCACGGCAGCGACUCGAUACUUGCCCUAUCAGCGAUUUGAAUCAAUCCAGUUGCUAUGGGACUUGCUGAACGCUCCGUAUGACUCUUUUGACGCCCUCAAGCGCUACACCACCAGCACUGGAUCCACCAUCACUUACGGCUGGCGGGUCAAUCGGGCCGACAAUCACUACGUGACACGCCUUUUCGAAUGGAUCGAAUCCUACACUCUCGUGGGCAUUGCGACUCAAGUGACCGAGUUCUUCCCUAUGCUUCGGCCGAUCGUGAAAUACACGCCCAACUCGUUGAACAAGCUGAACAAAGAACUCUCCCGACUCACCAUCAUGGAACGAGAUCUUUGGCUCGACCUCCUCCGUGAAGCCAAGUCCAAGGUUGAUCGAGGAAAGCUGAACCCGUGCUUCGCUGGCGACAUGCUCACCAACCAGGACAAGGACGGGCUUAACGAGAUGGAGAUGGCGUUCAACGCAGGCCACGCGUGGGCGGGAGCCUCGGACACGACGUUCAACACGCUGCACGGUUUCGUCAAAGCCAUGAUCUUGUAUCCGGAGGUACAGGAACAGGCUCAUCAGGAGCUGGACCGGGUGGUUGGCGCUGACAGGAUGCCGGAAUGGGAGGACCGAAACCAGCUGCCGUAUGUCAGGGCUAUUGUCAAGGAAAGCUUGAGGUGGUGUCCAACUGCCGUUUUGGGAAUUCCACACGCGGCAGCCAAGGACGACGAGUACAUGGGGUAUAAGAUCCCCAAAGGAGCAUCCGUGGUUCAAAACGUGGGAGACAUCAAACCCCGGUUGACAAAAGUUGUUUCUUUACUGACCAGUUCACUCUCUUUCCAGAUAUGGGGCAUCAACAAUGACCCCGUCCGCUACCCGAACCCACGCAAGUUCGAUCCACUGCGAUACAUUGACGACGGAAUGCUCUCACAAGAAUCGGCCGCCCAGGCUGACCCGGCACUGCGCGACCAUUUCACGUUCGGCUCUGGUCGCCGCAUCUGUCCCGGCAUGCAGGUCGCCGACCGCAGUCUAUUCAUGGUUAUUGCGCGCAUGCUGUGGGCUUUCGACAUUGAGAGGGUGGGCGACGAGGUCAUUGAAAACGACGCCAUGACCACCGGUCUGGUUGCGGGGCCGAUGCCGUACAAGUCCAAGUGCGCCCCGCGAGACGAGGAGCGGGCCAAGUUGAUCGCCGACUCGUGGAAGGAGGCUGAAGGCUGGCUCGACGAGGAGAGAAACUACAGUCAGGCGUGGUACGAGAAAGAGUUCUGGAAGAAAUGA